UGCUCAGGUCUGAUCAACCUGAGGCAUACAAUUCCUCUGUGACUCUCUGUACCCGUCUACAAGGGCUUUCCCCACAUCCAAGUUCAUACUACUCAGAAACAGUGAGCUUGGGGUGUUAGUUUUAUCUUGACCUCCCUCUGACAAAGAAAUCCAGAUGACACAGAACCCAUCGAAGACAAUACCUGGAAAAUGGCAGUUUGGGAAAUAACUUUGGCUGUCAUCCUGACUCUACUGGGACUUGCUAUUCUGGCUAUUUUGUUAACAAGAUGGACACGACUCAAGCAAAAUGAAAUGGAUGCCUCAAGAUACAAUUCAGAACAAAGUGCCAGUCUUCUGGACUAUGAGGAUGGUAGAGAUUUUUCCUCUCAGAGAUCUGAAGGAGGAAGAGCGGGAGCAACUCCUCACAAAACCCAUGAACCAGCUCCACAUGCCACAGGUCUACCCCCAGCACCCAUAACGAUUUCACAGAGAACAUCAACAAGACCUGGGAUAUAUAAAGAAAAACAAGAGCAGCCACCACAUGUGGCAGUACCUAUCAUUACAACAAUACCUAUUGCACUCGCUCCAGUAGCAGCUGUUGAUGAUUCUGGAAAAAUCACAUUAUCGCCUGUGGUUAUAUUUCCAGGUUACAUGGAAGGAGAACUUGCAAAGAAAUCAGAUCCCAGAGCCUCGAUUCUAAAAAGUGGAGGCACCGCAAAGUCUAAGAGUAGCGAAGAAGAAAACAAGGAAGCACUAAAGAAGGAAAUCUCAUUCCCAGAUUCUAAUGAGUCCUUGGUGCACGAAACAGAGUCAGAAAGAAAAGCAAAGGACACUGAUUUGGACACAGGGAAGAUAGACAUGGAGGCCAAGGUAAAGGAGAGUGACAUGGGAAUGCCAAAAAGAGAGGAAGCCCAAGAAAAGGAGAGAGAGGCCGGAAUACCACAAGGACAAGCAUCCCAAGUAAAGGAGAGCGAGGUGGAAACACCACAAGGACAAGCAUCUCAAGAAAAGGAGAGUGAGGCCAAAACACCAAAAGGACCAAAAUCUAAAGUAAAGAAGAUCAAGGCCAAAACUCCACAAGGACCAGAAUCUCAAGUGAAGGCGAGUGAGGCCGAAACACCACAAGGACCAGAAUCUCAAGUGAAGGAGAGUGAGGCCAAAACACCAAAAGGACCAAAAUCUAAAGUAAAGAAGAGUGAGGCCAAAACACCAAAAGGACCAAAAUCUAAAGUAAAGAAGAGUGAGGCCAAAACACCACAAGGACCAGAAUCUCAAGUGAAGGCGAGUGAGGCCAAAACACCAAAAGGACCAAAAGGGAAAGUAAAGAGUGAGGGUGGGACACCACAAGGACAAAAAGCUCAAGAAAAAACCGAGAGUUCUGAAGCUAAAGAAAACCAGGUCAAAGAAAAGGAAGAUGCAGGAAAGACUAAAGAUACAAAAGAAACGGAUGCCCAAAACAAGAAAAGUGGUGAAGGAAAGGACCAAGUUAAAGGAAAGAAAGAACCACAAGUCAAGCGUAAAAAAGCAGAAGCAAAAAAGGACACAGGCAAUUAAACUAAGGAAGUGCAAUGAAAGGAGGGAGAGUGAAGAUAAAGGAAAGGAAAGCUGAUUACUAUGGAUCCUAUCACCCAGAACCAAGUCAUGUCCCAGCCAUUGCUUAAACGGAUUACAGUUAUAGAAUGCUUAUGAUCUAUAUAUCUGCAGAGUUUCUACUCUUUAAAAGUUUCACCAUUUUUAGACCUCUUAGCCACAAACCUGUUUCUAAUCUUUUUAUAAGUUGAUACUUAUAUUACUUAGUCAAGAAAG